CAACCCCCGGAGAAGACCAACUGCCCGCACCGCCGUCCGGGGCUCCCUGGGCGGCGCCGGCCCCGGUGAGCCCCGCGCCUGCCUCCCAGAGCUAUGUGGGGAAGGGGAUCUUAGCCCGCUGCCGCCUCCGCGCUGGCCUCCAGGAAUCCAGUCUCCGGAGAUGGGCACCCGGCCCUCGCGCCAGCGGCUGCCCGCGGACCCGCCCAUAGCCUUGGACGCUCUGCCCCCAGAGCUGCUGGUGCAGGUGCUGAGCCACGUGCCGCCGCGCGCGUUAGUGACGCGCUGCCGCCCAGUGUGCCGCGCGUGGCGCGACGUGGUGGACGGGCCCACCGUGUGGCUGCUGCAGCUGGCUCGCGACCGCAGCGCGGAGGGCCGCGCCCUCUACGCGGUAGCCCAGCGCUGCCCGCCCCGCAGCGGGGACGGGGAGGAGUUCCCGCUGUGCGCCCUGGCGCGCUACUGCCUGCGCGCGCCCCUCCGCCGCAACCUCAUCUUCAACUCCUGCGGAGAGCAGGGCUUCAGAGGCUGGGAGGUGGAACACGGCGGGAAUGGCUGGGCCGUGGAAAAGAACCUGACACUGGUGCCGGGGGCUCCUUCCCAGACCUGUUUCGUGACUUCUUUCGAAUGGUGCUUCAAGAGGCAGCUGGUGGACUUGGUGAUGGAGGGGGUGUGGCAGGAGCUGCUGGACAGCGCCCAGAUUGAGAUCUGUGUGGCCGACUGGUGGGGCGCCCGGGAGAACUGCGGCUGCAUCUACCGGCUCCGGGUCCGUCUUCUGGACGUGUAUGAAAACGAAGUGGUCAAGUUCUCGGCCUCCCCCAACCCGGUCCUUCAGUGGACCGAGAGAGGCUGCCGACAGGUCUCCCACGUCUUCACCAACUUUGGCAAGGGCAUCCGAUAUGUGUCUUUUGAGCAAUAUGGGAGAGACACGCGUUCCUGGGUGGGGCACUAUGGCGCCCUUGUGACCCACUCCAGCGUGAGGGUCAGGAUCCGCCUGUCCUAGCCCACCAGCCUGAUCAGGCCUUUCAGGACCUACUGCCACCUGCCAGACAUCAUGGCCAAUCAAGGGCAGCUUUGUAGCCAGGAGCCAGAGGAUGCCCAGGGACAGCAGGGGGUCCUUGCUCCCAGCCAGCCUCCAGCAAACCCCACUUGCGGCUUCAGCAUGGUGGCCCACGUGCUGCUCGGGAAACCAGGGAUCCAACACGGCUGCUCACAGCUUCCCAAGUCAGGGGGUUCAAGGAAUGACCGAGACUUUUACUUUGCCUACAAACUGUUUUCUCAUGUGUGGAUGUCAGCUGACCAAGUCGAAAAAACAAAUGC